GCGAGAGUUUUGUCGUAUGUUAACAUACAGAUAUAUUGCUGUGUGGAAACGUUUUGCGACAUUCAGUUCUUUUUAUAACGACUAAUUCGGAGACUACGUGGGUAAUUUAUUCAGCAAGGACUGUUGAACUAGGAAUCUACAAUGCAACACGACGACGUUAUAUGGGAUAUUAUCGGGAACAAGCAGUUCUGUUCCUACAAAGUAAAAACAAAGACAUCGAAUUUCUGCCGGAAUGAAUACAAUAUCACGGGACUUUGUAACCGGUCGUCAUGUCCGCUUGCCAACAGCCAGUAUGCUACGGUUAGAGAGGAAAAAGGUCAGUGUUUCCUUUACAUGAAAGUCAUAGAGAGAGCGGCUUUUCCAGCGCGUAUGUGGGAGAAGGUAAAGCUGAGUAGAAACUACGAGAAGGCGCUGGAACAAAUCGACGAGAAUCUCAUUUACUGGCCCCGCUUCAUUCGGCACAAAUGCAAACAGCGUUUCACCAAGAUCACGCAGUAUCUCAUCCGAAUCCGCAAACUCACGCUCAAACGACAGAGGAAACUGGUUCCGCUCAGUAGAAAAGUGGAGAAGAGGGAAAAGAGGAGAGAGGAAAAGGCCCUUAUCGCUGCUCAGCUGGACAAUGCCAUAGAAAAAGAAUUACUGGAACGGCUAAAACAGGGCACGUAUGGAGACAUUUAUAAUUUCCCCAUCCACGCCUUUGAUAAAGCACUGGAGAGACAGGACGAGGAGGAGAGCGAGUCUGAUGAAGAGGAGGAGGAGGAAGAGGAAGACGACGCGGAUGCUGGGGAGAGAGAGUUUGUUGCAGAGGAUGAAAUUGAGGAGAGCGAUCUCAGCGACUUUGAGGAUAUGAACAAGCUCAAGGGAAGCAGUGAUGAGGAUGAUGACGAAGAGGAGGAGGAAGGAUCCAGUGAUGAAGAGGAGGAGGAGGAGGAUGAGGAGGACAUGGAGGAAGAGAUGGAAGUGGAGCCGAAGAAGAAGUCGAAAGGAAAAGCGCCGCUCCGCGGGCCCCAGAGGAAGAAGCGAGCGUACGUGGAGAUCGAGUACGAGCAGGAGAUGGAGCUCACGCAGAAAAGCAAAGCCACGUAGAGUCAGGGAGUGGGUCCUACUGCGUCUGCAAACGCAAAAUGACUGUGGACUCCAAACCACCACCCAGUUACAGACACACACACA